UACACAGCUGACUAAACUAUCAAAAGGGUUAGGGUUAGUCAACAUCUCAAACCCUUCUAAGAUGAAGACCUUCAGCGUUGCAGUUGCAGUGGCCGUCAUGCUCACCUUUAUUUGCAUUCAAGAGAGCUUUGCUGCAGUCAGUGAAGUGCAAGUACAGGAGGAGGUGAUGAGCAAUGACAGUCCAGUUGCAGCACAUGAAGAGACAUCUGUGGAGUCAUGGAUGAUGCCGCAUAACAGCAGACAGAAGCGCAGCCGUAAGUGUCGCUUUUGCUGUCGCAGAGGUGUCUGUGGAUUGUGCUGCAAGUUCUGAGGAUUCCUGCACCAACAACCACUACAUCAUCAUUUCUCCUGUUUCAUCACUUAUAUUUAGUUUACCUCUCUUUAUUUAUUCAUGUCUUUUUGAUCAUGCUGUACUUCAUCUGUGCACAGUGUGUUAUCAUAAUAAACAUUUAACAUAACUAAACUACGGUGUGUCAGGAAAGGCUUUGCAUUACAUUAAAGCAUUUUAAACACUGAGAUGAACCAAGCUGUCAACGAAUGCAUAAAAAACAAGAAAAAAUGUAGUUCAAUUAUAAUUAUUAUUUUAAAUCAUCUCUUAAACACCUCACAAUGAAUACAAACAUUAUUGUGAGUGAUAAAUCAAUGAUGGCAAUGACAUUAAGGAGGAAAAAAAAAAAUUUAAUGAUUAACUAUGGGCUAUUAACAUUGAAAAAGGUAAAGGGUGAAUAAACUUAAUAACUUCAGUGAAUGUAGCAUAUUGUGCAAUAACAGAAAUCCCCAACUGUACUUCAGUCUGUCUCCUUUACUUCACCUUGCUGAACUUUGUGAUUGUGUCAUAUGAUCACAUCAGUGCCGAUACCAUUUCUGGCUAAACAGCCUCUCAGCUACCCUUACUGUUUAGCCAUGCUAGCAGCGUGGCUGUAAGGAUGGAAAUGUUGGUCUGUUGUUGGUGCACAUUGAUAUCCAGCAACUUUUGGAUGGAUUCCAAUAAAUACAU